CACGAAAUCGUGAUCAAAGCAGAGAAUAAAAAUGACAAACGGGACAGAAAACCUGCAAAUGUCAAGUCUCAACUUUGUGGUUUUUCGCUAUUGUUGGCAGGAGAAAAAGUUCAAUUAUUGCGAUUUUUCCGUAAAAUCGUCAGCAAAAUUUUAUGAAAUUAAAUAUCUAAAGCAAAUUUAAUAUCCAAUAAAAAAGUUUAGUAUUUGUGCUUGCAAAUAAAAUGGCAAAUAUAUCAAAUGAAUUGGCCAAAAUAUUGAAGUAGUAGUUGCGAAAAAUACAAAGAAAUAAAUCGAAUACCAAGAAUAAAAAAAAAAACUUUCUUUUCUGCCAUUAAAAACGGCGGAUGCAAAAGCAGCUGUUGGAAUUGGGAGAAACGACGUAAAAGUAUAAAAAGUGUCAGUAAAAAAGAGAAACGGAAAGAAAUAUUUUAGUGCGUUCUAAAUUUCCUAAGUCCGCCAGGCUGCCGCCGGAAAGAAACGAAGGGUUCACAAAUAGUGGGCGUUUCGUCAUCAUCCCCAGUUAACGCCACCAUCACCGUCCUGUGUAAUUUUCACUACCUGUCGUGCAGCCUCCGCAAACGUUCCAUAUUUGCGGCCAAACACUCCACCACCUUUGUGUGGUCAACAUACUAUCGACAUGAAGAAAAUUUUUUCAAAAUUCGAUAAAAAUGAAAAACUGGAUAAUUCGCACAAUCACUCCACGUCGAAGGAGACCAACAGUUUUGUUGGUAAAGUGUUUACGGUGGGGCGUGUGAGUGUGACCGUCGAAGAUGUGUUGGCCGAAGGUGGUUUCGCCAUGGUCUUCCUCGCUAAAGCCAACACAGGCAACACAAAAUAUGCGCUAAAGCGUAUGUAUGUGAAUAACGAGCACGACUUGAACGUGGCCAAGAGGGAGAUUCAGAUCGCUAGCAAUCUGAGCGGUCACAAGAAUAUUAUAGGCUAUGUGGACUCAAGCAUUACGCACACCGGCAACGGUGUAUGCGAAGUACUAUUGCUCAUGCCCUACUGCAAGCAACACAUGCUGGCCAUGAUGAAUGCACGAUUGCAGGUUGGCUUCACCGAGCAGGAAGUUCUCACCAUAUUCUGUGAUAUUUCGGAGGCAGUGUCACGUUUGCACUUCUGUCAAACUCCCAUUAUCCAUAGGGAUUUGAAAGUGGAGAAUAUACUGCAGAAUGAUGCUGGUAAUUUUGUGCUUUGCGAUUUUGGCUCAGCCACCGCAAAAAUAUUAAAUCCACUGCAACAUGGCGUCACUGGCGUCGAGGAGGAAAUACAAAAGUACACAACUCUAUCGUAUCGUGCACCCGAAAUGAUCGAUCUCUAUUCCGGCAAAAGUAUUACGACUAAAGCAGACAUUUGGGCGCUCGGUUGUAUGCUCUACAAGUUAUGCUUCUUCAAUUUGCCCUUCGGCGAAAGUACGCUGGCCAUACAAAAUGGCCAAUUCUCCAUCCCAGACAAUUCCAAAUACUCAAAGGGCAUGCAUCAAUUGAUUAAAUAUAUGCUCGAGCCUGAUAUGGAGAAACGACCGAAUAUCUGGCAAGUGUGCGAGGUGGCUUUCCGAUUGGCCGGCAAAGACAACCCAGUUCAAAAUUUGCACAAAUCGCCAACACCAAACUACGACCUACUUGUCGUCCCCCCAUUCGAGUCCGAAGCGAAACGCAUUUCUGCCGCUGCUGCCAGUGCCUCAAAAACGCCUAAACCACAAAGUGUACCCAUAGUCGAGUCGGGCACAAGCGUGGCGCCACGUCAACGUCCCAAAGGUUCCUCCGCUGUGCAUGGUCAAAAUCCGCUGGGUCUUGGCUUACCGCCAAGUCCAUCACCACGCAACAAUAUAACAUCGCCACAACCACAACAACCGGUAGUCGAACAAUUUCAAGCGAAUUUUCCGCAAUUGGCGCCGCCAGUCGUGCCGCCGCCACCAACACCUCAAACAGCAACAGCAGUUUCUGUUUCCGCAGUCGCCAUAGCAGCGCCAACACCAGCACCUACCACCGCGGUAGCUGCAACACCCACUGCUGUACUACCACCACCACAACAACCACAAACUGUGACCCAAGCAAAUAGUAGCAUUGCAGCAAUUGCGACACAACAAGCACCACCCGAGGUGUUGAAUAGCCUCUUUGAGUCAUCCGUGUAUCCAGAUCCAUUCAGUGAGAAUGCGCCGGUGUCGUUGAAACAGACAGCAGUGGAUGCGGUGCCAAGCAGUAGUGGUGGUGGAGGUAUAGGAGACGGUUUGGAAAAUAUAGCGGCGAGUAGUUUAUCAGCACACCAAGUGGUCAAUAGUACGCCUACGAAGAGUAGUAUGCUGACUGUGUCGAGCGUGGGCUCGAGCGUGAGCAGCAGUGGCACUUCUGGACAUCGGCGCAACGUUAGCGAUACGUCUGCCUUUAAUAAAACCUUCGCAAAUGAGACCUCUCAAUUCCUGGCGCCCUAUGAUCACUCGGUCAAAAGUCGUGCGACACACUCGAACGAUGCCAGUGGCGAUGGAGGGGACGACAGCAUGCUGGUCAAUGCAAUGGCAAAUUCUGGCACCAACUAUGGUGGCUCGAAUCCUGGUCUCUUUCUGCCAGCAGCACAAACGCUGCAUAUGCAAGGACAAGGUGCAGCCGCCGCCAUGUCGGCGUCCAUAUCGAAUGCUGAAUUGACGAGCGCUCAAGUGUUGCGCAGCAAUACGGACACCAACAAUGGCAUGGCAAAUGUGGAUGCCGUCGCGUCUAUAAGUCGCGCAAGUGGCGGUUCAUUGGAAAAGCGCAUUGACGCCUGGAAUCCUUUCGAAGAGCAACCGUUCGAUCAAAUGACCGAAGAUCACAUAUUUGAAGCUGAAUUCGACAAGAUACGCCAACGUGGCAGUCAAGGAAGCAUUACUGCCAAGUCUGCAUCAACUACUUCAACAUUGACGCCCACUGAAGGUUAUGUGGCAGGAAUGCCUCCACCGCCAUUGCCGCAACAGCAAGCACAACCCCCGCCCACGGCUACGUUUGGCCAAACUGGCGCUAGCGCUGGCACAGUUACAGGUGGUGGUGGUGGUGUGAGUGCCGCUACACCACACAUACCCGAGGAUCCGUUCGGCUCGGCGCCGUUCAGUUUGCCGGCCGGAUUGCGCGAGAAAGCAACAACGCUGCGUAAAACUGGAGCUAAAUUCGUCGUCCCCGGUGGUCCACCGGCAUCGCUGACACAGUCGUCCAGUGGCGGCGUGAGUGCCAAUAUGACCGCGGCCUGCGGCACCACUUCAUCGACAGCUUCAUCUAAAUGGCUGCUCUCGCCCACUUUGGAAGUGUCGAGUGAGGAGAAAACUUCGUUGAUAAAUAAUUUAAAAACCGAUUCAGAAGGUGGCGCUGGUGGCGGUUUAGAUGAUGUUCUUGGUUGUGGUGGAGGCGAUGUUGAUUCCAUAGCCACCUUGGCUGGGGUAGCACUUCCUGGUGGUGGUUUUGUCAAACUCCCAUUGGACGAUCGUAAUAAAUAUGAGAAAUUGCGCAGUAACGAUAAUCCCACUUCGGAUGAUUCCGAUUCGGAAUUCUUUCAAGAAGACUAUGGCAAUACGACUGGCCCUAGCAGCACGAAAGCGAUUUUCAAACAAAUUGUUACCAACAACAUACCAGAUACUAUACACAAGAUACAGCAGGCCGCCUAUCACAAAGUCGACAAGACACAGCUAAAAGUGCCCAUCGUCAAGAAAUUACGUCAUUCCACAAGGAAGCCGACAACGGCGGCUCAACAGGCCGCACAGCAAGUGAAUGCCGCUUUGGAGCAGCAUGAGCAACAGCAGCAGCAAGCGGCCGCUAUUGCUGCCGCUGCAGCCGCAGCAUCGGGCGCCAAGUCGGAUGGUGAGGACUCGAUUGGUUCGGCGAGCGAUUUGCGUGCCGAGGAUGAUGACUUUUUCGACGAGAACGAUGUGCGUACACGCAAUACGCGACUCCGUCGCCCUGUUAUGGAUGUGGAUGGGAUAAGUGAAAGUGUGAAGACGUGCAGCUCGUCGGCAUACCACGCGGAGUGCGAGAGCGUCACUACGCAUGAAGAUGAUGUGAGUAGAGUGUUGGUUAAGGUGCGUAUGCGCAAGAAGGACCGCACAGCCGCUGCUGUGGCAGCUGCUGCCGAAGCGAGUGGCAUUAUUGCCAGCCGCGAAGACGAAAGCGAACUUAGUCCUACGUCUAACGAAUUUCUAAAUAAGCUCGGUGAUAAGCCGCUGUUACUCGACGAUGAAUUGGAUUAUGGCUCUGGCGAUUCCGAUUCGAAAGGUAAAAGUAGUAAUGAAACGGAAGAGUCACCCGAAAGUGGUCCGGCGCCUAAUUUGUUGGAGAAUGCAAAUACCAAACCAGAGGAGUUGGAUGUAUUUGCGAUGGCGCCUUUUAAAAUGCCUGUUGGUUUACCUUUGAAGAAACGUACUUCAAAAAGUAACCGCGUGCCGCCGAAAGUGCCGGCGCGCAAUCCCCCCGUGCAGUCACAUUCUGCGGAAAUUUGGACAUCAACGCCAGUGAAGGGCGCGGGUAAUCGCACCAGUUCGGUAGAUAAUUUUGCCAACUUUCCUUCUGGUCCCUCGCCGCAUUUGGAUGAGUUCAACGAGCCGAUUUUCAAUCCUUUCGUCGAGCCAGUAGUUGCACGGUCCAUUGUAACGCCCAAACCGCCUGUACAAAGUGCAUCCAAUUUCGGCACAGUGACCGUUAUAUCAUCAGCAGCAGCGGAGCCGAUUGCAAAUGCAAAACCUAUAACUGCGCCUGCAAAGUCAGCGGCCACGACGACUUUUGUAACCAAUUUCGCAGCAACGGAGCGCCCGAUUGCUGAGCCGAAGUUUCCGAAUAGUGCAGUGCAUGCGCAAGAACAAGACCUCUUUGGCUCGGAGCCAUUUCCACAGGUAAUUCGUAAAUGUAUUAUUGUAAACUCCACAGAUGGCGGCAAAGAAAGCACCAAUCAAAAUAAGCACAGCAACAAUAUUGUGCAAAUCAAACAAGCCCAAGUCGCCACACCCGCGAACCCAGUGGUCCCAGCACAAACUCAACAUUCCAAUGUGGCAACGAUUCCCACCUUUGCCACGCUUACAAGUGCGGCGCCCAACGCCACCGUGCCCCAACUUGUCACAAUCAAUCACUCAAUCAUUAUAAACAAAACUCCCGAACCUUUGCCGAACUCUUCACUGCAAUAUCGCAACAACAUCAAUUCACUCCAACAAAAUGCCGCCACGACUGCGUUCGCCGUAGGUGCAACGGCAGGUGGCAGUGCCUAUAUAAAAUUACCUGCAACUGCAACGCCGAACACUACCAACAUUGCAUGCGCCAAGCUUGUCAAUGUCAAUGUACCCCCGCCAAAUACGGCAUCUAUCAAUAUACCCGGCCCCCCUGCCGCCGCCAUUCACAAGCAAUCUCUCAAAGUUAAUGCUCAUGUUCCUAGCACACACGGUGUCGUGCUCGCCAUCCCUGGGAGUGCCCCCUCCUCCGUCUCCAACACCGCCUCCGUCUCGAAAUCCGCAUAUGCGCUAAGCAAUAGCUCCAUAGCGUCUUCCAGCACAGUUGCGCAUUUGCAACCGUCCGAUCACCAGUCAUUGUUUCCCAUUGCCGAUAAUGGUUUCGUACAAAUCUCUCAAGAUCGUUGUUCGGACUUUGCGUCAGAUGAUGAGGCGGAACCAGUAGUUUCACAUGGAUCGCAUGCCACUGAUAUGAGUGCAGCCACAUCAAGAACCACGCCACCAACUUCAUCAGCGGCGACUGGGAUCCUCAACAACAGCACCGCCAUGUCCACGGCAAAGCCAAAAAAAGAAAAGUCCCAUUUAGGUGUGAGAACUUUGCCGGCUAAAAUAACACAAAAAGUUAAGGGUCACACCUAUAAAAAGGUUGUGUCCGCAAGUGUACUCGGCUCGACUUCGUCGCUCACUUCGAGCAGUAAACAAAAACAUCAACGCCUACAGAGUCAGUCACAUGAAGAUGACGACGACGACGAGGACAAUGAGGAGAAUUUCAAAAAUCGAUCUACAACAAACACCGCAAGCAAUUUAACAAAACAUUCCAAACAUGCAACCAGUACCGGCAGCACGAGUAGCGCCAAAGGCACAAGUGCCUCGGCCAAUUCGGCAAUGUCGAAUAGCUUCCAAUCGAAUACAAUACAAAAUUCAGCGAAAACUGGUUUUAGUAAUAUGAGUUUCGAAGAUUUCCCCUCCGAUCAAGAGAUCGAUCGGCUGUCGAAAACCCUACCAUUCGAGGUGGUACGCAACGAGAAAAUGCUGUUGGAAGCCGAAAAGAAAUUCGGCUCGUUGAAACGACGUAACAAUUUAUUCUCCUAGAAGCGAAUUGCCGAAACGAAACGAUCGUUGAAACGCGAAUUUAAGCAAGUACUACAAAAAGUAUUGAAAAAUUCCAAGGACUAAUAAAUGAAGUCAAUUAAUAGAGAAUGUUUAUAUGUAUGUACGUAGAAUUAAGUGUAGAGAUGUAAGUGUGAAACACAAAUGUGAAUUGAUGAAAUAUAUGAAAAUGAGUAAAAUGGGUGUGAAAAGAGUAGUGUAAUAAAGAAUAUUUUGUAAUGCACUGUGUAUGCGAAAAAUAACGAAAAUAAUGAAAAUAUGAAAAUAUGAAAAAAGAGUAUUCGCAUAAUGCCGUAAAAAUGUGCAUAUGUCAUCGUGUAUCGUCAGUAUGGCGCCAUUCUAAGCAGUAUUCUCAAUUUAGUAUCUUUUUUUUAAUUUAUUUCAAAAUGAUUUAUCACAGUUUGACCAAGGUCAGAGACAGUAAAAGAAAUAAAUAUAAUGUUGAUUUUCAAAUAUAAUAUUUUCGCAAAAUCAAAUAAUAUUAACUUUUCCAGGCAAAUUUUUGGUUACACAACUGCCAGCGUAGGGUAAAAAUUUAGCACAAAAUAAUUAAUAAUUAAAAAAUUCUAAAGCUUCAUAUAAAUAUAUACUUUUUUGUUAUCUUUUAAGGAGUAUAUAUCACUUUUCCUAGCACAUAGGAAACACAUUUUUAUAAGUACAUAGAAACUCGCUAAUUAAACAUAACAAAGAGCCAAAACUUUUUCGAAUUUAUAAUUUUACGGUGUGAACAUCUUUUUUACUCCAUUUACUCCACCAUGUCAGUUAAGGGUUAAUAAUUAUUUUGUCAUUUUUUGUAUAUGAAUCCAAAAUAAAGAGUUAUUUUAUAUCUGUGGAAUGAAAAUUGGUUAUUUUUA